GUGUGUGUGUGUUUCAGAUGGUGACCCCCGGUGCAGGCGAGCACCCGCUGCAGUAUAACUACACGUUCUGGUACUCGCGCCGGACGCCCAGCAGACCCGCAAACACACAGAGCUACGAGCAGAACAUCAGACAGAUGGGGACGGUGGCGUCGGUGGAGCAGUUCUGGAAGCUCUACAGUCAUCUGGUGCGACCCGGAGACCUGACGGGACACAGCGACUUCCACCUCUUUAAAGAGGGAAUCAAACCCAUGUGGGAGGACGAGGCCAAUAAGAACGGAGGGAAGUGGAUCAUCCGGCUGAGGAAGGGUCUGGCGUCUCGUUUCUGGGAGAACAUCAUCCUGGCCAUGCUGGGUGAGCAGUUCAUGGUGGGCGAGGAGAUCUGCGGGGUCGUGGUGUCCAUCCGCUUCCAGGAGGAUAUUCUGUCCAUCUGGAAUAAAACAGCCAGUGAUCAGGUGACCACGUCACGGAUACGGGACACGCUGCGGCGCGUGCUCAACCUGCCACCAAACACCAUCAUGGAGUACAAGACACACAACGACAGUCUCAAGGAUAAUUCCAGCUUCCGGAACACGAAGAUCGCUUUGUGAAAACCUGGAAAUAAUUUUCAUAUGGACACUUUCCCUUUUACAGCACGAGCAGCGCGUGUGUGUGUGUGUGUGUGAGUGUGUGUGUGUGUGUGAGAGAGUGUGUGUGAGUGUGUGUGUGUGUGUG